CAGUUGCCCUUAGAUGUGUUUCAAUGGGCGCAACUAGAACUUAUACUAGUUGAUGGACACCAGUUGAAAUAGAUGGCGAUUUAAAUUACUUUAUCAAGGUUUUUUCUGUUGUUUUAACUUGUUAAUGACGUUUGAAACCUGGAAAGUAAUAUACAACACUGAUAAAAGCAAGUGAGUCACUCAAAAGGAAGUCGUAAUUUUCCUUUUAAAUUUAAUGUUUAUUUUAUAGUACCAUUUACUUACCCAAAUUCAAAAGUUUUUCUUUACAAAAAUUAAAGGUAGACAUGCAUGUGAGAGGGCUAACAGCUGCUACAGUUGGAUGUAUAUGCAUAAAGCAAGUUGUAGCUAAGGAACUUUGGAAGUGAAAUAUCCUUGCUUUUUAUUUUCUUUUGUUUGUUUGUGAUCCGGUUUUUGAUAUUGAGAUCUUUGUCCCCACUUUUAAAUUUCAAACGAAAUUAAAUGAUCAUAUAUCAAGCCCUUAAUCUUAAGAGGUAUCUCCUUCGGAUCAAUCUCAAUCAUCCUCAUCCUCACGGACAUUUACAAGAAUGCUUGAAGCUCAUUAUGCAAGAGCUUUCGAUGAUGAGAUUUGGAAAUAUGAGUAUAACGCAAUGAAAUCUUAUAUACGGCGUGCCCUAGACGAUGAUCACUUCAGUUUUUUUUUUUUAAAAGAUAUUCUAUGAUCAGUUCAGUUUCAUCCGCGAUGUAAAACAAAAUUUCAUAAUCAAAUAGGUACUAUACAAAUUUUAGAACAUGUAGUAGCUAGUAGACUCAUGAAAUUGAAAAUACAACGAGACAAUAAAAUUAUGCGGAGAGGGUCCAAAUUGACCUGUAAAAUUUGAUCAGAAGUUAUUGAAUGGUUUUGGCGAAUACUAAGGUGGGGUUGUUUUCUUCCUUUGCCAUUCUAAACCUAUCUCUUGUUCUCUCUCUAAAAAUGAUUAUUGAUGAAUCACAUCCCCGUGGAAAGAUCACGUGUUACAGAUAUACCAUACUUUGUGCAUGCAUGGUAUAUAUAUUUAACUGUAAGCUCGGACUAUAUAUGAUAGAAUAUAUAUAUAUAUAUAUAUAUAUAUAUUUAUAUAUAUGUAAUAGUUAAAUUAAACACCGAAUUUUUUUAAUAGACAUACAUAAUUCAUUGUAACUCUUGUGAAGCUCCUCCUUUUUGUUUAUAUACUAUUGUUAUAUAUCAAACAUUCUUGUAUAGAACUUGAACCGUUGCAAUAAAUUAACUAUCAAUACAAAUUACUGAUCAAUCGUGAUGGAGGUGUCGUUUAUUUAAUUACAGAUAUUGAACUCAAAGUACGUAAAGAAAGUUAAAACAUAUAUUAAGUAUUUUCAUCAAGCUGUUAUAAGUUUGAAAGCAUGCAUAUUAGCUAAGCCAACACGUUGAAAAUGAUAGAAAGUGUCUGGAUCUGUAUUUAUUUGCUAGAUAACUUAUUCCGUUUUGUUUUUUUUUUUAACUUAUUCCGUUUUAUGCAUACUAAAUUCAUAUCAUCUUAAUUAAACAUGGUUCACAAAAUAUACAUAUUAUAAAUAACAGUUUUAUCCAUAUCUUCUCAAUUCUUUUAAAUUCUACUAGUGUAAGUUGAUGCAUAUAAGUAUAUACAUAUAUUUGAACAAAAAUAUAAAAAUAAAAAUAAGUAUAUACAUAUACAUACAUAUACAUAUAAUUAUUUGUUUUCGGCUCGUACGUGGUGUUUUGCCUUUAAAAAGGGUAAAUUAGAGUAUAGCUUGGAUACUUCUUUGCUUGUACCUGAUCUCUCCGAGUCUCUCUUCUUCCUUCUCUUUUGUUCACUGAUCUCUUUUGAUCAUGGGUUCGAGUUUUCAUUACACUAUAGAUCUCAAUGAUGAUCAAAUCGACCAACCUUUUUUCUCUCAUCUUGGAUCCUCUCUUCAUCAUAACCACCAUCAUCAUGAUGAUGAUCAUUUAGGUCCUUCUAAUUUCUCUUCUUCAUCAUCUUCUUUGACUCCAUCAUCUCUUUCCCACCUCCCUUUCUUGAUCAAUUCUCACCAAGAUCAAAUACAUGUUGGGUACAACAACAACACUUUUCAAGGUUUUCUUGAUCCUCAUCUCUCCCAAUCACUCGAGACCAAGAAGUUUGUAUCUAAUAGUGGAUUACCAUCAAGCGAUCAAGUGGUGCCAAAGAAGGAGACACGACUAAAAUUGACGAUACGGAAGAAAGACAAUCAUCAUGUUCAUGAACAGGUGAAAUUGAUGAAGAGGAAGACGAUGAUCACCACCACCGAGAACAACAAACAACACGUUAGUAACGACCAAUCCAUGAACCAAAGAAAUUUCGAAGGGCAUGACCAAGAUCAUCUCAAGAAAAUCUCGGCAAAUCAGUACAAUAUAGUCAACGAAACUGGUUAUAACGGAAGCAACAAUGGCGUGAUUAGGAUCUGUUCCGAUUGUAACACGACCAAGACUCCUCUUUGGAGAAGUGGUCCGAGAGGUCCCAAGUCUCUAUGUAAUGCGUGUGGGAUAAGGCAAAGGAAGGCGAGGCAGGCCGCUAUGGCAGCUGCAGCCGCAACCACAAACUCCGAGUACUUGUCACCACCCCUCAUGAAAAAGAAGAUGCAAAGCAAGUACAAAAGAUCAAAUGAAGUUAGCAAUCUCUAUUCUUCUUUGGCUCCAAAGGUAAAGAAAUGUAAGAGCAUGAGUACAUCGGUGGAGGAGGCAAUAUCGGUGAUGGAGCGCACAGCAGCCGAGACUCAAGCCAAGUCCACUAUGUCGAGAUCUUCCUCGACAUCUUCCUCUUCAAACAAUUUUUAUUAUGAUGAUCUAGCGAUAAUCUUGAGCAAAAGCUCAGCUUAUCAGCAAGGUUUCCCUCAAGAUGAGAAGGAUGCUGCCAUUUUACUAAUGGCUUUAUCGUACGGAAUGGUUCACGGGUGAUCCUUUUAUCAUUAAACUAUACCAUAAUCCUUCAUAUACGUGAUUAAAUUUUUUUCUGUUAGUAUCAGUCAGCUCAACUUUGUGGGGUUUAAUAGUUUCCAAUAGUGAGAAUAUUAUGUAUGGAGCUUCGUAUAAUUUCGAUAAUGUGGCUGUUCUUGAUUUUUCACUUUUUUCAUUUGUUUUUAAAUUUGGGAAUUUAGCUAAGAGUUACAUUAA